UGUCCUCUCAUAUUCAGAUACAUGGUCUCUCUCACCUGCCAAUCUUAUCAUUUUCAUUGAUUAGAGCUUCUUCAACAACAACAACAACAGAAACAGAUUAGAUUGGUUUGGUUUUCAGUGUAGGUGAAAGACAGAAAAUUGUUUUGGGGAAGCCAUAUUUAAAUUUUAUUUCAUUCAUGAAUUCACAACAUGAGACACCUCCUACGCAUCUGGGGAGGACUCCCUGCUGCUCCAAGAUUGGGCUCAACAGAGGGCCAUGGACUCCAGAUGAAGAUCUGCUUCUUACCAAAUACAUUCAGGCUUUUGGUGAAGGCCGAUGGAGAACUUUACCCAAGAAAGCAGGUUUGCAGAGAUGUGGCAAAAGCUGUCGAUUGAGAUGGAUGAAUUACCUACGACCAGAUGUGAAAAGAGGAUACAUUUCACCUGAUGAGGAAGACCUAAUUCUCAGGUUGCACAGGCUCCUUGGUAACAGGUGGUCUCUCAUAGCAGGGCGUAUUCCUGGGCGAACUGAUAAUGAGAUAAAGAAUUACUGGAACACCCAUCUAAGCAAACAGCUUAUAAGUCAAGGCAUAGACCCUAGAACUCACAAGCCCCUUUCUCAACCCAACCUGGAAAACCGUAAUCCAACAAAUGCUACAGAGGGCAGCACUGAGAAAUCUGAUAUCUCCACUGUGAAAAGAAGCUCUGAUUUAGUCGACUUAACAAACACUCAGCACUCUGAUCAUCAUCUUCAUGUAAGGAAAAGGCACAAGGCCGCCAUGAAUGAAAUGGAAGCUUUCAUGGGCUCUGCAACAAUCAGUGCACCAUAUCACAACAAGCAGUCUGAUCAGAUAUUCGACUGGAAAUAUCAUUUUAAAGCUGGUGGGCUUGUGGGAGAUCAUCACAUGAUAUCUUCAACAUUUGAUGUAGCUGACAGACAAUCCCUUAACAUCCCAUAUCUUGAAGCUCUAGAACCAGGUUUGAUAAACCAUGGGUUUUCACCAUUCUUCAUAAAUAAUCCUGCUCCUGCAACUACUGCCUUUGACAUACAAUCGAUCCAAAACAUGUGUUCAGAUCACUGUGAUCAAAUCAGUAACAAUGUACAACUAAAUCCUCCUUCCAUCAAUAAAAUUGAAUUCAAUGAAUAUGAAGGAAACAUGUUACAAACUGCAAAUUUUGAUCGACGUUAUCAUUUGCCAAAGGCAGAAAUCUUUCUAGAUGCAAACUGCAGUGCUAUCAACUAUCAUAACAAUGGUGUUCACCAGAUUUAUGUUGCCCCAAGUAGCAGCAAUCAAGAUUGUUAUGGACCUUUCCUUGAAUCAGCUGCUCAUGAGGAAUUAUUGCUCAACAACUUCAAUCCAUCAUCUUCUUGUACAACUUCAAGCUCUCAGCCUCUACAGCUUCGCUUGGAGCCAGAAAAUCCAAACAGUAAUGCCUGUGAUUUGUGGUCAUUAUAUCAGUAUCAUCCUUAUACAUAAGCUCUCAGAAAUUCUAACUUAGGAAAUUUUUUGGUGUGUGUGAUAUAAUCAGAUUGUCAUGUAGGGUUGUGUGGCAUAUAACUGAAUCUUCAGAAGAAAAAAGAAAAAGAAAAAGAUUGGGGUGUUUGGAGUGAAGUAAAAAUAUGACUACCAGGAUGUAUUUUAGAUGAUGCAGAGGUGGUCACCUUUUCUGGGGAAUAUAUAGUGAUAGUGUUUGUGAAUAAUAUGAUUUGUUGCAGUCCAAUUAAUGGGUUAUGUAGUGUUCAGAUAUAUCGAACAAUAAUAUAUGUUUCAUUCAUUUUGUGCA